CCUGACGACGCGCGGCUUGUUGCUACUGUGAAACCGGGAAGACUGGAUCCCAAGUUACAGCUGGAGGAGGAUCUUUUCCACGGAUGAAAUCCACCUUUUGAGAAAGCGCUCGAGUCAGAAUUGAGUUCACACGUCAGUUCUCCAAAAGAGGCUGCAUGUUCUAUUUUGAGUACGGGGGAGCGAGCCAGUUGAGGUGCAGUCGACUGGUUACAUCUGAGGACCUAGCUUGGCACAUUUACUGUCAAUGUGGUGUUUUCCUCUCCGAGUUGGUGAGCAGUUGUGGAAGUCAGCAAAAACCUAACAGUGGGAAAUGGCUCCAAAGAAGGGAAAGGGAGAGGAUGCAACAAAGCCGCUGCCACUGAUUGGAAGGUUUGGCACUUCAUUGAAAAUAGGAGUUGUUGGCCUGCCCAAUGUUGGGAAGUCAACCUUUUUCAACGUGUUGACAAAGAGUCAGGCUGCAGCUGAACAUUUCCCCUUCUGCACCACUGACCCAAAUGAAAGCAGAGUGCCCAUUCCAGAUGAACGCUAUGAUUUCCUCUGCCAAUUCCACAAACCUCCCAGGUAUGGGGUCUCAUCGUUCACCUAUUAUUCACACUUCAGAUCUGUAGUCGCUGACGGUCUUCUUGCAAUAGGUGCUUUUGAGGAUAAGGAUAUCAUCCAUGUUGAGGGAACAGUGGACCCAGUGAGGGAUAUGGAGAUCAUCCACGAGGAGCUGAGGCUGAAGGAUGAGGAGAUGAUCGGCCCUAUUAUUGACAAGCUGGAGAAGACGGCCAUUAGAGGCGGUGACAAGAAACUCAAACCAGAAUACGACGUUAUGUGCAAAAUCAAGAGCUGGGUAAUGGAUGAAAAGAAACACGUCCGCUACUAUCACGAUUGGAACGACAAGGAGAAAGGAACUAAGGCUCCACAGGCUGCGGGGAAGAUCCACACAGACUUUGAGAAGGGCUUCAUUAUGGCGGAAGUAAUGAAAUUCCGGGAUUUUAAAGAGGAAGGCAGCGAGAACACUGUCAAGGCAGCAGGAAAAUACAGACAACAGUGAAGAAACUAUGUUGUCGAAGAUGGAGACGUCAUCUUUUUCAAGUUCAACACAUCAAAUCAACAAAAGAAAAAAGUGACACAAGAACAAUCUGUUUGUUUACAUAACUCACUGUGCUUGUGUUUGGCCUGAUACCCACUGCCACACUCUCACUUUCUGUAGGAUCAAAUCCCCCCUCUGAUCCAAAGCACAGGUUCAGUAAACUCUGACAGCUUUGCUAUUUAAGAUCAGGAUCGGCCCCCACUCCAAAUUGUAGCAGCAUUUGAAGGAGCAUAUUACUCUCCAGAUACCUCAUUAAUCUCCAUCACUGGUGCCAGCACUGACACAGCUGACAGUGGGGACAAUGCCACCUGCUCUUCUCCCCCUUCUGCAGAUAAUGCAUGUUUUACAGUAGCCCAGAUGUCUACACUCAAUAAAA